AUGGAGAGGCGCAUGGUGAGGAAUCUGGACAAUGGCAAAGUCAAGACCUCAAGGAGCACGAGUCGCGGCGAAGAUGAGAAAGGCCUGGAUGAGCUGGACGAGCUGGAUGAGCUGGAUGUGUUGGAAGAGCUGGACGAGCUGGACGAGCCACGGGCAACGAGAAAGACUUGCAGGCAGCGACUAUGCGGGAUCAGGAUGCAUUUACGCAUUCCGCAAGCAGAGAUACGCAAACACGGCUACUAUCGAGCAAUGAAUCAUCUGUUGAAUUCCUCCUUGUUCUUCGACGAACAGCAGGGGGGAGAGAAGAUGAAGACUUACGGCAAACUGGGAAGUGGGAAUGAAGAGAAUCAGGCGCCUGGUGACGACAGAGAUAUCGUCCAGCAGUACAAGCAUCACGGCAGUCCUGAUAUUGGUCCUCCUGCUGUCGCUCACUUCGAGUUCAACGGCCAGGAAUCCGAGCCCAAGGAAGUUUCGCCUCCGCCGAUUGUGGAUGAAGAUCUGCUUCCAACUGUCAACCUGGAGACGAGGAGGAAGAGAAAGGACAGUACCUCGAAGGUGGAUAUGAGACGAUCAUCGAUACUCGCACAGUCUCCCAUGAAGCCUGAAAAUAGCAUCGCCGAUCAAGCUAGCAAGAAGAGUCUUGGGCGACAAGUCCUCCCUGUCCUGGAGCCUACAACGACGACGACAACGACAACGAAUGUGCCCAAGCCGUCCAUCAGCAAUGAGAAGCUGCCAUGGAGAAAAUACUCUGUGGACAUCACAAUGGUCACGGCCACACAAUUCAAUGAGAUGGAGCGGGAGAUGUUCAUCAGAGCGGUGUCGAGACGAAUCCUUUGCGCCCGUCCUUUGCGAUUUUUUUGGCGAUCAUUCGAAUUUGGGCAAGGUCGCAAACAUGACGGAGCUCCAUCCUUUGGUCGAUCUCCUGGCCCGGCGAAGACUUCGAGAUCUUCGGCGAGGAGGAAGAAUCUUCGCGAGGCAGAUAUGCACGAACGAGCCGAGGAGCACGGCGAGGAGCCUUACGAUGAGAUCCAAUAG